GCUCGAACGGCUGCAGAAAAUGGCGCCGGCCGCCGUCGCCGCGGCCUUCCCCUUCCGCCUCUUCAGCGCCGAGGCCGCUCGCCGGGGCACGAAGGGCGCCCGGGGGAAGCGGAGCUCCGCCAGGCCCGUCAAGUCCCCUCCCCUUCCUCCCGCCCCGUCGUCCGCCGCUGUCAUCGGCCGCGGAGCGACCACCUUCACCCGCCUCCCUCUCCGGGAGGCCGCCCCCGAAUCCGCGGAGGUCACCCUAGAGCGGUUCCCCACCGCACCAGGGGACCCCGGACGCAGAGCCCCCGCAUUGCCGCGCGGGAGUGUCCGGCUGUUGGGCGUGGAGGAGGAGGAGGAGGAUGAUGAAGAGGUGGACUUCGGCAGCCGCGGGGCUACCGCUGUGCAUCGUCUCCCUCUUCGAGACGCGCCAGUCGGCAGCGGGCGCGCCUCCAUUGGACAGUUCGAUGCGCGCGCGGCCAGGAAGAGCCUUAAUGGUCGCGCCAUUUCGCGGCAAAUCGUCGAACAGCUUGAGGACGACAACGAGGAGGAGGGAGAUGAGUUCGUCGUCACCCGCUUGGACAUCUUCGAGGGCGGUAAGGGAAGGAAAGCCCGGGCAGUUCCGCCCGAGGAGACCGGCGAGGAAGGUGGCGCCGUGGUGUUCGACCCAGACUAUGGUGUCGACAGCGACGACGAGGAGGAGGAGGAGGAAUUUGGCACCGCAGCAAUCGGCACUGCAGAAUUCGAUGAGCUGGAGUACGAUGGGGAGGACGACGAUGAAGCAGAAGUCUUGGUGUAUCACCCAGAUGAUGAGGAUGAAGAGGAGGUCGGCGUGUUUGAAGGCAGCUUCCAGGACAAUGGCGGCGAGGAAGCUGAAGGGGAAGGGGAGGUGAAGGAGAAGGGUGUGCCAGCCGUGAUGCGGUGCUUCGACACGGCCAGGAUAUACGCCAAGGCCGGCGACGGCGGCAACGGCGUGGUGGCCUUCCGGCGCGAGAAGUAUGUGCCGCACGGUGGGCCGUCAGGCGGCGACGGUGGCCGCGGGGGCAACGUCUAUGUGGAGGUGGAUGGGGACAUGAAUUCGCUGCUGCCAUUCCGCAAGUCGCUGCACUACCGUGCCGGGCGUGGCUCGCACGGCCAGGGGUCACAGAUGGCCGGGGCCAAGGGCGAGGACGUCGUGGUCAAGGUGCCGCCGGGAACGAUGGUCCGGUCGGCCGCUGGCGAUAUAGAGCUCCUCGAGCUGAUGAAGCCUGGGCAACGAGCAUUGCUUCUCCCUGGUGGCCGUGGCGGCCGCGGCAAUGCGGCGUUCAAGACGGGGACAAACAAGGUGCCCAGGAUUGCAGAGAAGGGGGAGAAAGGUCCUGAAAUGUGGCUGGAUUUGGAGCUAAAGUUGGUUGCUGAUGUGGGAAUUGUAGGAGCUCCAAAUGCUGGAAAGAGCACUCUGUUGAGCGUUAUUAGUGCUGCCAAGCCAACUAUAGCGAACUACCCUUUCACAACAUUGCUACCAAAUCUUGGAGUAGUCUCAUUAGAUUUUGAUGCUACAAUGGUAGUUGCAGACCUUCCUGGCUUGCUAGAAGGUGCUCAUCGUGGAUAUGGUUUGGGCCAUGAGUUUUUAAGGCAUAGUGAGAGAUGUUCGGUCUUGGUGCAUGUUGUUGAUGGUUCAGGGCAACAACCAGAAUACGAGUAUGAGGCUGUUCGUUUGGAACUGGAAUUAUUUAGCCCAAUUUUGGUUGACAAACCUUAUAUAGUGGUGUACAAUAAGAUGGAUCUUCCAGAGGCUUCCAAGAGAUGGAACACGUUCCGGGAAAAGCUACAGGCUCAAGGUACUGAGCCGUAUUGCAUUAGUGCAAUAAACAGACAAGGAACGCAAGAUGUUGUUUAUGCUGUCUACAAGGUUCUACAGAAAGAGAGGCAAAGGGUGAAAGAAACAGAAGAAUGGAAUAACACUCAAAAUCUGAAUCACGUGGCUGAUGCAAUAAAAAGGGAAAGGAGUUCUGCCAUGAAUGAUUUCGAGAUUAUUCAUGACAAGAGCACAAAUACAUGGAAUGUUGUUGGAGCUGGAAUUGAACGAUUUGUUCAGAUGACCAAUUGGGACUAUACGGAAUCCUUGAAAAGAUUUCAGCAAGUUUUAGAGGCAUGCGGUGUCAACAAAACUCUUGUCAAACUUGGAGUCAAAGAGGGUGACACGGUAGUUGUCGGUGAGAUGGAAAUGUUUUGGAACGAAGAGCCCAAAAGGGUCGCGUCAAAGACGAUGAACUCAAGAGACGACGAUGCUGUCAGAUGGCCUAAGUUCAAUUAGAUAAAGCAAUAAUCCUCCACAGCGGAAACAUUGGCAAGUUUUGAUGGGAAUAUCGUGAGCGUCAGGUUCCUCCGGUGCACCACUGUGCCAUCUCUGCAGGUCGUGCAGAACCCACUUGCAGAUGGGUUUCCUUAGACACUGGGCACCCAGGGAAGAGGUACAAAAUGAAAGUACUGGCCAGGCAGGCACCUGGCCAUGGGCGGAUCGACUCAUGGUUCUAAUGGAUAUAGUUGUAGAUUUCAAAAAGAAAAGAUGGAUAAUUUUGCAGACCAGAGUUCUCGAUUGGUAGCAACUGCUUCUGUUUUGUUGAUGCAUGCUAUACUGUACUUGUAACAUUGGGUAAUCCCACUUCCAAUAAUAGAGUUCUAUGAGCUGUGAUUAUUUUCUUGCAA